AGUUUAAAGGUUAACCCUCUCUCCACUGUAGUACUAUUGUUUUGAACUCCCGUAUGAGGUGGAAUAAAAGCUGUUAAACUCUAGAUUGCCACAAAUUAGAAGGGACUAAACUCUGUUUGUUGACUAUGUGUUUGCAAGUGGGAUUUUGUUUAUUUGUUUUCUUGACUCCUGCCUUUAUAGUACACUAUGUGCUUGGCAAGCACGGAUACCCCCAUGUCACAAGGUCAGAGAAUUGAAAUUCUCGAUGUAUAAGCAUCUGACUUGGGAAUUUUGAUGACUGACUAUCUCUGGGCCUUCUUAACACUUGCUUUAAGAGGGCUGCAAAUCCUCUGACUGGCAUGACACAGUAGUAUGGGAUGUACCAAGGGAUUUGCUGAGCGACUUUUCAGGUCUCCAGCAAAAGAGCUUUUGUGAAAACUUUCUGUAAAGCAGUUCAAAUUAGUUGGGGUUGCAGAGGAAUUGUCAAGUUCUCUCUUGUGCUGCUUGCAUGACCCUGCAGAAGUUGCUUGUUUCUUUUCCUGGCCAAAGAGCUGAGACAUUGACUUUCCUUACCGUGACAUAUCUCUGGGUGUGAACAUACUGAAAUUGAUGCAAGAUAUUUCACUGAAGCUGUGGGGAUUGCCGCUGGAGGCCAGAAAGGAGAAUCCAGCCUUUUCCAAAGAGCACAGAGAGAGCUGGAAGUGAGUGGCAAACACAAGCAAAGCCAUUUCCUGUCUGCAGAGGAAGUUCUGCUGGGCAAUGCAGAUCCUGUCCUUGUGCUCCGUACUGGGACAGAGUCGUGUGUGGUAUCCAUCACUCCCAGAGCUCUGCUGUGUUGCCCAGAAUGAAGAGACACAAAUGGUCCUACAAAUGUCCCUCACAAAGGAAGAUCUUGAUUCUGUGUGUUACUGGGUGGCUGAUUGCACUGUUGAAGCUCCUCCAUGUUGAAAGACACUUUUUUCCCUCUAAAGGCAUUUACUUAGUUGAGCACGUCUUGAGCACUUCUUCUUAUGUUAGAAACAGAUAUUCAUACUCUAGAAAUGAGUUCCAGUAUGAAAUUAAUUGUUCAUCUAUAUAUGAACAAGAUCCUCAUGAAAUUGGCAAGAGUUUAGAGAUAAGAAGAAAAGAAAUAGUUGAUUUAGCAGAUGAAGAUGUUGUAGCAAUGACAAGUGACUGUCACGUGUAUCGUUCUCUUAGGAAAUAUCAGCUAAAACCUGUUUCUCCAGAGGAGGAGAGUUUUCCAAUUGCCUAUUCUUUGGUUGUUCACAAAGAUGCAGCAAUGGUAGAAAGGCUCAUACAUUCAUUGUACAGUCAUCAAAAUGUUUACUGCAUCCAUUAUGAUCAAAAAGCAGCAAAAAGUUUCAAAUCUGCUUUGAACAAUCUAGCUAAAUGUUUCCCAAAUAUUUUCAUUGCAUCAAAAUUGGAGACAGUGGACUACGCACAUAUUUCACGUCUGCAAGCAGAUUUCAAUUGUUUGUCUGAUUUGAUGGACUCUCCAGUUCCCUGGAAGUACGUUAUCAAUUUGUGUGGCCAAGAUUUCCCUUUGAGAUCAAAUUUUGAGUUGGUUGCUGAACUGAAGAAACUUGAUGGAGGAAACAUGCUGGAAACUUCAAAGCCAAGCAGUAGCAAAAGAGAACGAUUUACUUAUCACUAUGAACUUAUGAAAGUGCCUUAUGAAUACAUGCAGAUGCCUGUAAAAACCAACAUUUCCAAGAAUCCACCACCUCAUGAUAUUGAGAUAUUUGUAGGCAGUGCCUAUUUUGUUUUAAGCCGAGAAUUUAUUCAAUAUACCCUUGAAAGCUCACUUGCAAAAGAUUUUUUUGAGUGGUCAAGGGACACGUACUCUCCAGAUGAACAUUUCUGGGCCACUCUGGUACGUGUCCCCGGGGUCCCUGGGGAAGUUCCAAGGUCAUCCCAGGAUGUAACUGACUUACAAAGCAAAACUCGCUUGGUGAAAUGGAAUUAUCUGGAAGACUAUUUGUAUCCUCCAUGCACUGGUGCCCACCUUCGCAGUGUCUGCAUCUAUGGGGCUGGAGAAUUAAGAUGGCUUCUGAAUUCUGGACACUGGUUCGCCAACAAGAUUGACUCCAAAGUAGAUCCUGUCCUGGUAAAAUGCUUGGCAGAAAAGGUGGCAGAACAACAGAAGGAGUGGGUACAUUUGUCCUCUGAUGAGCACUUUCUGCACUUAAGUUCUACGAAUGCCUUGGCAUAGCAGUGCUGUGUUCUCUGCUGGCCGUGCUGCGUGCCCAGCGCCGGCAGUUCUGCUGCCCUGACCUGCUGCAGGAUGACAUGAGGAAAAGGCCCAUUCUAUACAACGUCCAGGGCUCAGCAGAGCCAGGUGCCUGGCUGUUUAUUUAUGUAAAGUAAUUUCUCUCUGAUUAACUGUUUUGUCGCAUUAAACCUGUAAUUGUCUUCAGGGUGAUUCUGAGAUGGUGAAGUUUGCUUUUGGAGGCUCUUGUGCUCUCUGUCCCAGUGGAGUAUUUCAGAAAUGUAUUUUACUUCAAGUGUGUUUCUAUCUUUUAUAAGAAACUUUAGCAAUUCUGUCUCCCUGUCCUCUUUUCCUUCACUUUUGCUUUUUUUAAAGGAAUAAAGGGAAGACCUCUGUAUCUGCUACCUCAGGAAAACUGCAAGUGCCCAUCUCACAGAAAAAAAAACAAGAGAUCAGCAUGAACACCAAAUGAGCCAUGUGACCUCACCUGAAGUUCCACAUAUCUCAUCUGUGGGAGCUGCAUAGAUCUUUGCAAUGUGACUAUGACUGGAUGAUAUAAGGGGAAGAAGAUCCCUAUAUACUGCGUUGUGUGUACCAUUGUUCUCUUCUCCCAGCUAACCUGGGUGUUGCUUUUCCUUCUACAAAGCAUGUGAUCAGGUGCUGUGCCAACACUGUUGGUUUCACAAACAGUGAAAGUUGGUUGAAACAGCUGUGCACUGUUGAGUGCACACAGUUGUGUGUUCUCCAAAGGCAGAAUACGUGCGUGCCCUGAGGGCAGUCUCUGCAGCCACCUGGGGGAGGUAUUUGUGCCAAAAGAGGUCUAUCUUCAUUUCUGUCCCUGCCUGUAGGAAUAUUUUUAUGUGAAAUUGCAGUCCUCUUGAGACAGUAUCCCUACACACAGUGCUGUUUCCAGUUGGUGUUCAGCAGUGUGGUGCUUUGUUGAAGUGUUGAACACACAAAAGUUGAGCAGUGACCAUAAGAAUAGCCAUAUUACAGAAGUGAAGACCCUGCAUGAAGUGUGUUUCUGUGCAAGUCCCAUGGCUGUGCAGUACCAUGAUCCCAGGCUGACAGGAGCCUGAAUGGGCCCUGGGUCAGCUGUGGAGCAAGAGUUCUCCUACAGCCCCUGCUUGCCAGGGCCCUGCCAGGCCUCCUGGGAGGGAAGUGGCUCAGGAGCCUUCUUGCAGCUGGGCUUCCUACACUCCAGCAUGAGGGAGGUGUUUGCAAGGGCAGGUGUCUCUUCAGAAACUCCUGCAACUCAGAAGUACCCGUGGCAUUUUUGGGGGUUUCCCUGGAGUGCUGCCCUGCCACAAGUUCAGUUUUGGUGGUCCCAGUGGAUCCUCCAUGCCACUGUCUUCUUUCUAGCCAUCUGUCUUUUACUGAGGGACCUUUCCCCAUGAGUGACUUUGGGAUAUCUGUAUCUGGUCUUACUGAUCUACAGAUUGCUGUAGUAAUGACUAUAUCUCAUAUCAGUGGGAAAUAUUUGUUCCUUAUUUGAGCUGAAAGUUGCUUUUUGGUCUCAGUUUUUGUUUAUAAAUUUAGUCACAGUGAAGUCAUUCGUGGCUCAAGACUGAUUUGAGAGUCAGGAUUCUCAGGCAUUUUUCCACAUUUGUGACACUGAUUUUCAGUAAGACCUCAGACAAGCCACCUGAGUUUUCUGUUUCAGCUGUUCCCAUUGUAAAAUGGGAACCAUAAUCUUCUAUUGUCUUACUAAGCACUUUGAAACCUGUGGGUGUUGUGGGUAUGAUUGCACAAUACCAAUUAUUUCGUAUUAACUUAUUUUGUGGAUUAUUUAUUAUCCACAAAACUAUUUAUGGACUCUGGCUGCACAGGUCAAGUAUUUCUUAAAUGUACUGUUUCUGAAAUAAAUGGGGGUUAUUUUUAAAGUCUGUGUUGCAUACUUCAGUGACAUGCCCUGUCUAUCCAAGGCUGUCCUGACUUGAUGUAAUUUAUAAAUACUUUGUAGAAAUUAAAUAUUGAUAGUACUUACAGAUUCCUAUAUUAGUGCUUGCAUAUAAAAUAGAGUCCUCAUGUGGUAAAAAAGUUAAUAAAAGAGUUUGUUAGGAUCCCAGAGGGCUAAGCUACAGCCUUCUGUACAUAUAAAUUGAUGCUUAAUGAUAUAUUUUAAAUUUUGUAUUUAUUUAAACUGGCUUUAUGUAUGUAUGUACACAUAUACCCUUUUGGGUUUAAUUGUAGUUGUUUGAUCUGCCAUAGAUUUAUAAAAAUAAUCCACCAGCA